AACUGCGCAACUCUAAAAACAACAAAUAUCGUUUAAAAAAAUGUAUUUUAAAAUGAAGUUUAAUUUACAAUUAUUAGUGUGUAAAUACGUUUAAGAACAUGUUUUAAAAGAGUGAACAAAGUAAACAAAUGUUACAAUAAAAAAAAAUGAAGAAAAAAUAAAAUUUAAUCUUAAAAUUCUGUGAAUGAAAAAGGAUUUUAUCGAAAAUCAUGGACAAGAAUACAGAAUUAGAGAACAAAGAGGAAAAGGAUGUUUUACACGAGCUUCAAUGUAAACACAGUCGAAAUUUAAAAGCCACUUCUAAUCUAAAACAUAAGUUAUUCCAAAAAUCAAAACUCCUUGAAUUAUCGAAUAAAAAAGGAGAAAAUUUAGAACGAAAACUAAUGACUGCAAGAUCUGAAAUUGCUGGCAUAAGUCGAAUUUUAGCAGAAUUGGAGCGACAAGAGAGACAAGAAUUAGAAAGUAGAACGCUGAAUCUAAUAAAGGGUGCAAAAAGAAAAUGGGAAAACUCAGAAAAGAAUAAAGUACACGUACAAACUGUUCAGAUUGCUGAAUUACGGGAUAAGCUACAAAAAACAGAAUCUGAAUUAAAUACAUCAAAUACCGAAUUGGAAAAAUUGAAAAUUUUACAGAUUCAGUAUAAAGAGUCUUUAAAUAAAAUGAAGGAAUGCAGUCGUCAGAGUGCUCAAGGGAUAGGGGACAAUUUAAAGAAAAUGAUAAUUCGUUCUCAUGAUCAAUUAUCUGAAGUUCAGAAACAAUUGGAAUUGGAGAAAUUAAAAUACAUAGAUUUACGAGAUCAGAACGAGUUAAUUAUUACCGAAAAUAAGCAAUUACAAUAUCAAUCAAAAAUUUCUGAAUCGAAACUUAAAGAUACGCUUUUGAAUCUUGAAAGUGUUAAAAAGGAAAAAGAAACUUUUGAACUUCAGUUGCGUACCUCUUUAAAUACAGAAGAAAAUCAAUUACAGAAGAUUAAUAAAUUAGAAGAACUAUUGAAAAAAUUACAAGAAAGAGAACUAUCUGAUGCCAAUCUUGAUAAACGUUUAGCAAUUAAAACUGAAGAAGAAAAAAUAAAGUUAAUAGAAGAGGAGAAACUAAAAUUGAUGGAGGAAUUGAAGAAAAGAGAAGAGGAUGAUGACAAAUCCAUUAAAGUAUUGAAAGAAAUAGAAAUUGCUAAAAUUUCAUUGGCAGAGUUAACCAAAGAAUCCGAAAAUAACAAAAUACAAGCAGAUUUGGCUAAUAAGGCUUUAACAAACUCGAAUAAAAAAAAUGAAAAACUUCAGCAUUCAAAUGCAUUAUUACGAAGAGAAUUAGAUGCGUCCCUCCGGGAAAUUCGAGAAAAUCAAUAUCGAAUAGAUAGUCUUAAUAAAUAUUUUGAAUUAAAGAUAUUGAAACAAAAUGAGAUAAUAAGUGAAUAUGAAGAUAAAAUCGAGAAACUACAAAAAGAAAAUAAUAAUUGUCAUGUUAACGAUACUUUACUUAAAAAAGCCUGUUCUAUUCUUGAGGAACAAUUGAAUGAUUAUGAAAAACUGACAAAUGAUUUCGAAAAACGAGAGAAUAGUCUCCUCGAAGAAAAAAGUAAACUGCAAAAUGAUUUACGAACUUUGAAAAGUAAUAUUCGAAAAUGCAAAAUAGUUGAAAGUGAAGAGAAUACGAUGAGACAAAUUGCAGAAAAAGCGAUUGAAAAAUUGGAUGCUGAAAUGAGUGACAUUGAAAACGAGAGAGAUAAUUUAAUUACAGAAAGAGAUGAAUACAAAUUAUUAGUUUAUAAACUAAAUAAACAAAUUACUGAAAUAUCAUUAAAAUGUAGUAAUUUAGAAUGCGAUUUAUCACAAAUGAAGCAAUUAGUCGAUAUGGCAAAAAAGGAAACACAAAUUAUUAAAGAAGAAAAUUCACAGCAUUUAUCGAAAGUUUAUGAAUUAAAAGAAUUGAAUAUAAAUCUUGUUUCGGAUUUACAAAAAAAUGCCAAUCAAUGUCAAGCACUUGAAAUGAGAGUCACUGAACGAGAAGAUGUUAUGAAUGAAAUGAGACAAUUUUAUAAAGAGAGAGAAACCAAAGCAGAAAGUAAUUACACACAGCAAACCAACUUUAAAAUCGACGACUACAAUAAAAAGAAAAAAGGCGUCUACAAUAAAUUAUUCGGUCUUAAAAAAAAGGAAAAUAUUGAAAUUGCGACUGCCGUUAAUUAUCAUGAAUUAGAAAAACAAUUGGAAAUAGAGAGAACAAAAGUAAAGGUUUUAAUGGAACAAUUAUUAAAUACUAAAAUAUCAAGACUAUCGUCACCGAAGAAUGUACCUUCUAUGGAAAAGAAAUACAAUUUACUUGUAGGAAAUGUGGAAGAAAAAAAUAUUGUCACUGUACCAAUUGCAAGCAGUAUAUCUAAAAAUUUGGAGAGCAGUUCAGAAUGUUUUUCGAAUUCCACUAGUAGUCCGAAAACACUAACAAUAAAUGAGCCAGAUCUACCCGAAAGAGAUAUUGAUUAUUUGCAAAUUGAUCAGAGCACUUUUAUUGAUUGCCAAACAAUACUAAAACUGGAAAAAAAUAAGCUGAAUUUGAACUGUGUUUUGGAAAUUGAAGAAGGAGUUUUAUUAAUAGGCGCAGAAGAAGGUUUAUACGUUUAUCACUGUUUGCAAACUCAAAUUCUGAAGGUAAUUAGAGGAGUAAAAAAUGUUCAUCAAUUGUCUCUACAUUACAAUUUGGGAUUGGCUUUGAUGAUUGCUGAGGAAGAAAGACAAUUACUUUCUUGUAGUGUUAAACAAUUUGAUUUUCUAUCAUUCAAAUAUUCACGACCUAAAAUUAAUACAAAACGUAUUUUGGCUGAAUCCGAAAAUAAUUGUCAUCUUUAUCAAGUUGAAGGAGAGACAAUUUGUGCAGCAACUUCUUCUCACAUUAUCCUGCUAAAAUGGACCUUAAAUGGAGAAUCUGGUGAAUUUAUCAAGAUACGUGAAAUUAAAACACAAGAACCUUGCAGUUGUGUUUUAUUUAUAAAAAAUAAUCUCAUUGUUGGUUGUAACGAAUUCUUUCAAAUAGACAUGACGACAUUUAAAAUGAAUGACUUUCCACAAAUAGAUGAUUCUUCUGUGAGAACUGACGAAGUUACUGAAUUAACAGGACUCAAAAUAUUUCCUAUUUAUGCUCUGGAUGUUUCUAUUGAUUUACAAACUGUAGAAAUUUUAUUAUGUUACAAUGAAUUUGGCAUUUUUGUUAAUGGAUCUGGACAGAAGAUUAGAUGUGAAAAUCUCAACUGGAGUCAUCUUCCGUUUGCAUUUGCAUUCAGUGCACCAUAUUUAUUCGUGGUGCAUUUUUCCUCGGUAGAAAUCAUAAAAAUUGAUCCAGAUUCACUUAAAGUGCCUUCGAUAAUGCCAGAAAGAAUAAUUCUGGAAUUAAACAAUCCCCGUUAUUUGGGCUUAUCUGGUAAAAGUAUUUACAUAUCCAUUUCCAAUUUUAUACUUGAACUGCUAAAAAUUAAAGGAAAAUCACUGACACCAGGGUUAAGUGGUAGUCUGACUAGCAUAGAUUCAUUAUCUAGAAAUUGGAAUUACACAUCUGAUUUUAGUGUCAUGUCGAAUUUAACAGAAGUUCUUGAUGGUCGAGGAAGAAAUAAAUAUUCUAACAUUUCCAACGAGUAAUGAUAUACGCAUCUAAUAUAAAAAUAGAAAUCACAGUAUCUUUCGGAAAUAACUAAUAACUCUCGAAAUAUUUCUAAUGGCCCAACAAAUAUAACUUGUAAUAAAUCUGAUAACAAGUACUACUAAUUUAUGGAUAUUCUAUGCAGAAUGAUGCGACGUCCGGGUAACCUUUGAUACUGGAUGUAUUACCGCAUAAAAACCAACGCAUAUUCAUUGUGAGCCGCCUUAUUGUUUUUUUAAAGGAUUUCUUUCGAGAGCGUUCUGAAAACUAUCAAUGGAAUUCAAGUUCAAUGCCCUAGAAAAAGCUAGUUGUCCUUAUGUUUGUUUUUUUUAUUUUUACUCUUUUUAUUACUGCUAUUACUUCUAUUCAAGAUUCAAAGGAGAAUAAUUUACCAUUUUACAUAAAAAAAUAAUAUAUUUUAAUUUAAAAAUCAAAAAAAUUAUAUUACUUUGUGUAAUAAAUGUUUGACAAAUAUAAAUUUCCAUCUUUUCUAAA